GGGCUGGCUGGCCGGCCCAAGAGAAGCAAUAAAAUCGAAUAACAAAAAGAAGAAGGGAACGGUGAGAAAAUAGGGGGACACAGGUAACGGUGGGGACAUGUGCGCAAAUCAGGGGCUGCAGCGGGUGAGUAUUCCGAGGCAGGUUGCAUGCAGCAACCGAAAAAGUGAGUGAGGAGAGGGGAAGGAGGAACAGAGAAAUGAGAGGAAAGGGGGAGGGAGGAGAGGAGUCGGAGGGCAGGCCAUUUGCACAUGCAGGUGUCCGCUGUUGCAACGCCAAGCGAGUUCGUCCCAAGAGAGCGGUGUGGUUUCUGGAAGGUUGGGGCUUUGGCGGGAAGUGUGUCCCACCCACCCCAACUGGGCUCUAGCAUUGGAGGGGCAGGCAUGGGAGAGCAUGGCAGAAAAGAAAGGAAAAACGAAGGAACUGGGUACCUGUACACAACACGCCUACCGCCCGUAGUGCCUGUCUUCCUGUGGGCUUUCAAUGGUGGCGAGAGGGCGGAAGGUGGCCACUGGGACCAAGCCGCCACGCCCGCUGUCGCUUGAACUGCGUCCUUUCAGACGCAGCGCGGUGGAGCCUUCCAGCGCGAGCGGUCAAGUGAGCGCUGCCUGAAGCCCAUCCCUGGGCCGAACGACGGUCUGUGGUGGGCUUGCUUAGAAGGCUCGUUGGAAGGGAUCAUCCCUCUGGAGCCCGCCCACCUCCAACCGAACAAGAAAAAACGCAACAGUGGGCUCGGUGUUGCCGCCAUAUGACGACUGCGGUUGGGGGCGAAUGGAUGAAAUGGUCCGAAUGUCAGUGCAUACCUGCCUGCCUGCCUGUCUGUCUGCCAGUGUCAACCAAGGUGCCCGAACGCUCAUGUGCCCAACUCGCCGCAUCGCCAUUGAAUGUCUUGUCGCGGCCCUAUGGGGGAAAAUAAACGAACGUCAAAGAUGGGUGUGUGCGUUGUAAGGCAGCGUCGGCUGUAGGGAAGAGGCCUGUGCCCAAAUUGGGUUUGGCUGCGGGAGCAACAAACAUUGAGUGCCAGCCGGAUCUCUCCGUGCCGCUGCCCCCGACACGCAGCCCUGCUUUCCCACUCACUUUCGCACCCUGAAAGCCAAGGUGCCCACAUGUUUAAAAACACCGUCUGUGUAGAACACCGAUCUGGCAGCUUCAGCGAGCCGCGUUGGCUAUGGCCAUGGCCCCACGGCCUCCAACGAGCUGCCCAACAAGCUGCAGCAAGCGAUUCAAACACGAGCGCCUGAUUACCUAGUAGGUAUGGAGUAUGAUUUGGUGGGAAAAAGCAACGCAACGGCAUAGCACUUUGUAAACCUGCAAACUGUGAACGCAACUGAGCUGUCUCACGGACAAGGUCACUC